AAGCCUCCGUUGCCUAAAAAAAAAAAUGCUCUUACUUACAGACGGUGCGGUUAGCUAGCUAACAAGCUCGCUAGGUAAAUCAGUGGUGACAUUGAGAGUUGUAUCAAGAAUCGGACUAUUUCUCCUUUCCAAUAAAGGAACACCAUGUUGCCCACGGCAAAGCGCCUCGCCGACUAUGGAUACCGGGGAUUUUCCGCGUCGAUGAUGCUGUUAACACUCUACGGGGGAUACCUGUGUACCAUGCGAGGCUACCGCUACAUGAACAAGCAGAAAGAUCUGCAGAUAGCAGCAGAAAAUCAAGACCUCGAGUCCCUCAAGCCGUAGAUUACUGCCUGUACGUCUUGUCUUAAAAAAACAUCAAGGACAUUCUUUUUUCUUCCUAAUUGACUUUAAUGAUCAUCUUUGGGUACUGAUCAUGUGAUCACCAAUAGUAAAGAUAUUCGUCAUCUGUCUUUUCUCUCAAAUUGGGUUUCUGUUCUUUUUCCAUGGCGAAGAUAUGCCCAACGAUCCCUCUGAAUCUGUAUCCGCAAAGCAUUUAAGAUUUUACGUGUUCUUCGAGAAAGGCCAUUACCUGACCCCUCCGCACACAAAGGAUGCCACCAUGGUCAGGGUUGUGGCAGAGAAGACCUUUCCGAGAUCAAGGUGUCUUGUUGUAAAGUUAUUAAAUGCCUAAUGAUAAAUCAUU